UUCUUUUCUCUUCUUUACUUUCCCCAAAAACCUAACCGAUCUUCUCUGAAAUCUCAUUAAACAAAAAACUUUCAUCUUCUACCUCCCUCUCUCUCACGAACAUAGAAUGAAGCGAUGGACAAGUUUAGGGGUUGUAGAUACGAUCAACGAAGAAGAAGAAGACUACAUGGAUCACUCUUCUUCCUUCUCUUCCUCUUCUUCCUCUUUGUCUCCUUCUCCUCAACCACGUAUCAGUCUCUCUUCUCCUUCAAUGGAGCUUGAAUCUAGAGUCAAUAAAUGGUCGCUGGUUCAUAAUUCUAAACCUGAUGUGUUGGUACAUGUGGGAGGCACAAGGUUCCAUCUUCAUAAAGAUCCUCUGUCAAGAAGCAGCGGCUAUUUAAAACGCCACCUAAUGGACGUUAACGAAUUAACUCUCUCACCACCGUUAAACAUAACGGCCGAAACGUUCUCGCUGGUAACUUCUUUCUGUUACGGCGCUCGCAUCGAAUUAACGCCGUUCAAUGUCGUUUCGCUGAGAGUCGCCGUCGAGCUUCUUCAGCUGACUGGAGCAGCUGACGUUAGAGAUAACCUGAGGAACUUAACGGAGUCUUAUCUCCGACGAGUCGUCUUCGUCAACGCUAACUACAUCAGCAUCGUCCUCCGCUCGUGCCUCACAAUGCUUCCUGAGUCGGAAACGACGGCCUUUUUAGUCGGAAGAUGCAUCGAAGCUCUGACGGAGAUCGGAGAUGGAGACUGCGUCAACGAGUUUCUCGAGCAAGCCGUUAUACUUCCCGCCGGAAAUUUCGUCGUCGUCGCCGACGCCGUGCAGCAGCAUUUCCCGCGACACGAUUUGCUCUACAGAGUCGUCGAUGCUUACGUGAAGGAGCAUAACGGAGAGAUAACGGAGGAAGAGAAGGUUCAGAUAUGUAAUUCGAUAGACUGCGAAAAACUCUCGCCGCCGUUACUCCUCCACGCCGUUCAAAACCCGAAAAUGCCCCUGCGGUUUAUCGUACGCGCCAUGCUACAAGAGCAGAACAACACGCGCCGCUCAAUCGUAGCUGCCGCGGAUUCCGUCGGACAUCGAAACGGAGAGGACUCCUCCGUGACUACUACGCUCGAGUUGCUUCUACAGCGAGACACGGCGGUGAGGCAAAACUACCGGUUAAGAGCAGCGAUGGAGUCAACGAGCUCGAGGAUCAAGAGCUUGGAGAAAGAGCUGGAGGAGAUGAAGAAACUCAUAUCGAAAGAAUCAGAACGGAUCAUGGAGAUGGAGUCUAAGCCGAGGAGCGUGAUGGACUCUGCUCGGUCAGCGAGCUUCCACCAGAGGAGUAACGUGAACAAGAUGCAGAGAGGAGAGAGAGGUUCGGUUUCAUCACUGAGCACGACUUUCCGGCGAGGAGGAGAAACCUCUCCUCCGACGACACAACCGCAGCACCGAAGAGAGAAGAGUCUGGGGAAAAGGUUGAUUAAUGGAAUAAAGAAUGCUUUCUCUUCAUCGUCGUCGUUCAAACAAGAAGCCAAGAAAAAUGCGUAUGCUGUUGAGGAGAUAUAUGAUGGGUUGGAAGAUUUCGUUUGGAUUAAAGACGAUGACAACAUCUCUGAAGAGCUUCACUCUCACUACAUCAACAGCAAAUGA